AUGGGCGCCUAUCUCUAUGGGCGCCUAUCUCUAUGGGUGCCUAUCUCUAUGGGCGCCUAUCUCUAUGGGCGCCUAUCUCUAUGGGCGCCUAUCUCUAUUGGCGCCUAUCUCUAUGGGCGCCUAUCUCUAUGGGCGCCUAUCUCUAUGGGCGCCUAUCUCUAUGGGCGCCUAUCUCUAUGGGCGCCUAUCUCUAUGGGCGCCUAUCUCUAUGGGCGCCUAUCUCUAUGGGCGCCUAUCUCUAUGGGCGCCUAUCUCUAUGGGCGCAUAUCUCUAUGGGCGCCUAUCUCUAUGGGCGCCUAUCUCUAUGGGCGCCUAUCUCUAUGGGCGCCUAUCUCUAUGGGCGCCUAUCUCUAUGGGCGCCUAUCUCUAUGGGCGCCUAUCUCUAGGGGUGCCUAUCUCUAUGGGCGCCUAUCUCUAGGGGCCCCUGUCUCUAGGGGCGCCUAUCUCUAUGCGCGCCUAUCUCUAGGGGUGCCUAUCUCUAGGGGCGCCUAUCUCCAGCGGCGCCUAUCUCUAGGGGCGCCUAUCUCUAUGGGUGCCUCGCGCCUAUCUCUAGGGACGCCGAUCUCUGAGGGCGCCUAUCUCUAG